UCUGUACAGUCUGGCCGAAAUUGACGAUGUCCAUUACAUCGUUGCUUGGAUGUAUGUUGGUCUGUUGGUUCUGUGCACUGUUGGCAAUGGGCUGAAUUUGACUGUGCUACUACGGAGUAUGAAAACAUGGAGAAUGUCCGCUUGCCAUUACAUGAUCGCCACCGCCGUGGCUGAUCUGGGUUCAUUAUGGUUCGCGCUUCCGUUUUUCUUACACCUGCUAAGCCGGGGACAGACGGAGUACACACCGUCCGUUGCUUUCGGUAUUGUUCCAUGGCUGGAUGACGCAAGCAUGUGGCUAUCCGAUUGGGUACUUGUAAUGUUCUCGUGGGAGCGUUUGCUGGUUAUUCUCUGUCCAUUGCGCCUGCGCUGUCUGCAGCGUGUAACAGUGGCCCGCAUCGCCAUUCUCAUCCUGCUGAUGCUGUCGCUAUCUUUCAAUAUGGUCGAUUUUGUGGUGAACUACGAAGAUCCGCAUAAUCACAUGAUCGGCGCACGUUAUGGCUUCGAUUCUUUGUUCGGGAUCCAACGGUCCGGCGGUUUUUUGUUCUGGGUCCGGCAGUGGCUUUUAGUCCACGCAAAAGCCAAGAUUAUUGUGCGUCUUCUGACCUUUUUGUUAAUUCUCGUUCCAAACUGCGUUCUCAUCGGUUUCCUGGUUUACUAUCGCCAGUCUAAGGUCAGCAAAAUGCGAGCUACACCAAACGUCCGCAAAGAAUUAGGCGAAUCGCCGGUGAGAACCGCCAGUAAGAGCACCAACGUCAUAUUGCUCAGCAGUGCCAUGUUGUUUCUGAUAACGCGUGCGCCGCAGACUUUCCAGAUGUGCGCUGUGGCGGCUAACAGCAAAAUCGGGCUGUAUAAUGCGGAUGACUCAGUUACGCUUAUCACGGACGAUUUCAUCAAUCUCGCUGUGCUCAUCGGUUAUACCAUGAACUUCUACGUUUACCUUCUCACCGAACGGCAAUAUCGAGAGCGUUUCAUGGCGGUCGUUCUUCGACCACUGCUGUCUUUCUGUACUACAAGACCUGGUCUUGUUUCUGUACUGUACCGAGAGCCGAAACAGUGCCGUAGCUAGAUUCGCUGCAGUACAGAAAUGGGGCACUCAAUUAAGCGCCGCCAAGAUGUUAUUGUAUAAUUAUGCGAGUCAA